GUUAAAUAGUUACAUAGUGAAUACACAAUUUGAAAUGUUAGCGAAAUUUCGGGGCACCCUGCUUGGGGCACUCGUGGGCGAUUGCUGCGGAGCUCCAUUCGAAGGUCAACUGAUGGACAGUGGUUCAAAAUUGAUCUUGAGAAAAAAUUUGGACAAAUUGGAAGGGCCUGCUUUCAAAGCACCUUACAAAAAGUAUACUGACGAUACGGCGAUGACCUUGCAAGUCACCAAGACGCUACUCGACCCGAAUGGAUUCUCCCAGAAGCUGUUGGCAAAGAAUUUCGUCGUCGAAUUCUUCAAGGAAUCCAACCGAGGUUAUGGGGCCGCUAUCGGAGAAGUUUUCCGAAAGCUUCGACUGACCAAAGUGUCCGACCCGACGGGUCCCGCAAUGGCACAAUUUAACGGCAGUGGAUCAUAUGGAAACGGUGCAGCCAUGAGGGUUUCGCCGGUUGCGCUGUACUGUGUCAACAAAAGUGUGUCCGACCUGGUUAAGUUGGUAACGGACACGGCUACGGUUACGCAUACGAAUGUGCUCGGGGUGAAUGGCGCUGUUCUGCAAGCUUUAGCCAUCCGGCAGAGUUUAUUACUGAAACCUGAUGAGCCAUUCUGUUGGAAAGCGUAUCUUGAGGCGCUCAAAAAAGACAUAGUCGAGGUGGAAAAGGAAAACGAUCCCGAUCUAGAUGCGAACCCCAAUGCGUAUGAAAUGCAACUGAAGAACAUGGAAAAACUGUUGGACAAUACCGUCGAGGCAUCCGAUGAGAAUGUUUUGAAUCUCUUGGGACACAGUGUGGCGGCUUUAUACUCCGUCCCAACCGCCAUCUAUUGCUUUUUACGACACACGAAAGCAACUGCGGACGACCCGACCGGAAAAGCUUUUCGCCACACGCUAGAGUACGCCAUUUCACUCGGUGGCGAUUGUGACACAAUCGGGAGUAUGGCAUGUGCGAUAAGUGGAGCUUAUUAUGGAGAUUCCGUUAUCUCACCAGCAUUGCUGAAACACUGCGAAAGUGCCGACAAUAUCAGUGCUCUCGCAGAACAAUUGUACAAGGUAGUCGAAUCAAAAUCGUAAUCUCUGCUGGAGAAUGUUUGAAGUCGGCUCGGUCACAAAAUGUAGGUAUAAUUGCGAAAUAAAUAGAUCAGAAGGACAAGUUU